CCCUGAGGCCGUUGCUGUUGCUGCCCCUCGUCCUUGUACCUCGCCUGGCAGCAGCUGCAGCGGGCCCAAACCGCUGUGACACCAUAUACCAGGGCUUCGCCGAGUGUCUCAUCCGCUUGGGGGACGGCAUGGGCCGCGGAGGCGAGCUGGAGACCAUCUGCAGAUCUUGGAAUGACUUCCAUGCCUGUGCCUCUCGGGUCCUGUUGGGCUGUCCGGAGGAGGCAGCUGCAGUGUGGGAAUCACUACAACAAGAAGCUCGCCGGGCCCCCCAUCCGAGUAACUUGCACACUCUGUGCAGCGCCCCGGUGCAUGUUCGGGAGCGCGGUACAGGCUCCAAAACCAACCAGGAGACACUGCCAGCUGCAGCACUUGCACUCCCCAUGGCCCCUGCGCCCCCACUGCUGGCGGCUGCUCUGGCUCUGACCUACCUCCUGGGGCCUCUGGCCUAGCCUAUCAGGUCAGGUGGCAGUGCCUGUGCCUCCAGCCCUGCCCUGGCGGUGGUUGUCCAGGCUCUGCAGAGCGCAGCAGGGCUUUUCAUUAAAGGUAUUUAUAUUUGUA